CCCCCAUUACCCUCGCCAGAAUCAAAAGGAUGAGCUGAGCCGGCCUACUCUGGACGACCAGCCAGAGUUGUCUCCGGAUGCGCAUCCCAAUUGCCGUGCAGCUCGGCCUGCUGGUCCUUGUGACCGCCCUAGUGGGCCUGGCCGUGCUGUCCAUCGCUACGUGGGUUAAUAACUACAAUUUUGUGGUCGAUGUCCAAUCCGAAGGACUCGAGCUGGUCGCAAAAAUCAAAGCCAGCCAGAUCGCUUCCAAUCUCAGGCUUCUCGAAUCGACGAGCAAAACCAUCGUUACUCGACUGCUGAUCCAGGGUGCUCUCGGUCGGUUUUACAAUGGGAACUCGAGUGAUUCGAACUGGACCUCGUCCGUCACGGAUGUGCAGUCGGCACUGGGCAGUAACAAUUACCUGGACCUGUAUCAAGCCAUCAUUUUCUCUCGUAAUGGUCAAGGAAAUCGACACGGAUUGCUCAAUGUCACUGCCAAAGAUAUUGCCGAGAUCACUCUUCCCUACGCUUACCCGAACGGCACUGCGGUUAUGCUAGGGGAUGAGGGUCUCGGUUACCCUCCCGCGCUCUACCCUAAUCUGACAUAUUCCGCAGCCUCCGACGGCAGCACCACAACCGAUGUGUACGCCUUUCCGGACUACAAGCUGGGACUUGACACCGCUCUUCUUCUUGGACCGCUGCCGAUCAACAGCUCCUUUUCCCUCGUUUCAGUCACAGUGCCCAUCAUCAAUAAUACUUCGGCCACUGACAUUCUUGGAUACAUGACUGUCGUCGCCAGUGCCGCCAAUCUGCAGGCCACGAUCAACUCCCGCGAUGGCUUGGGACAUACUGCCCAGAUUCUCCUGCUCGGUCCAUCCCGCGCGGACAAUCAGUUUGCCCCGGACGCCUACCCGGCCACAGCGACCUCUGCCCCGAACGUGGAAGGACUUUCUCACGCCGAGGUCCACUACGUGUUCGAGCCUACUCCACUUCCCGGUCAGAGCAGCAGGCACGGCGGCAAUUUGAGCAUGAACAGCUUUGCCCUGUCCAGGUAUCCGCUGGCAUGGAAACUCAUGUCGAAACCGUGGGCUGAGUCCAACGAUUCAAUCAGCGAUCUGUCAACCAGAAACGAACACGGAUAUCAGGUUGCGGUCGGCGCGAUCCGGCCGAGGACGCAGAUGGCACGGUGGAUCCUGUUGGUGGAGCAGACACAGGCGGAGGCAUUCGCCCCGAUCAACAAGCUCAGGAAAAUCAUUUUGGCGUGCGUCUUUGGGACGAUAGGAUUCAUUAUCGUCAUCGUUCCUCCGCUCGCUCAUCUGGCCGUGGCACCGAUUCGCCGGUUGAGGGAGGCCACUCGCAAGUCGAUCGAGCCACCCUCCCAGCCUCCGCAUAAUUACCCUCCCUCCAGCGGACCGUACAUUUUAGGAACCAGCGAGGCGGAGACGGAACCCCGUACUUUUGACGAUCAAAUGAUGGAUGAGAAGGGUUUCGUAGCCUGGGUGAAGCAUUUCCGACGAAAGGACCGGCCCAACAGCGCACACAGCAAUGGCAGUCGCAAUCACGCCAGAACUUUCCAGAUUCCAGGCCGCGUGAAGGAGCGCAGGCAUCUCAUCACAGACGAACUGACGGAGCUGACGAGCACUUUCAACGAGAUGUCAGACGAGCUUUCGAUCCAUUACCAUCGGCUCGAAGAACGAGUGGCGGAACGAACCCGCGAGUUGGAAGCCGCCAAGUCGGCCGCGGAGACUGCCAACGAGAGCAAGACGUUGUUCAUCGCCAACAUCUCACAUGAGCUCAAGACGCCGCUGAAUGGGAUUCUGGGCAUGUGUGCCGUGUGCAUGGGCGAAGACGAUCUUCCUCGGAUCAAGAAGUCCUUGCAGGUCGUUUACAAGUCGGGCGAUCUUCUCCUGCAUCUUUUGAACGACUUGUUGACCUUUAGCAAGAACCAAAUAGACCAGGCAAUUCGGUUAGAAGAGAGGGAAUUUAGGUUGUCGGACAUCCGGUCUCAACUGGCGGUCAUUUUCCAGAAUCAGGUCCAGGAAAAACACAUCGACUUCAAUGUCAACUUUGUCAGCGGUGAUACCCUCCCGCCAAAGGGCGAUGGCUUCCCGGAGAAGACGUUCCUACCGGACAUGGUAUUAUGGGGUGAUCAACAUCGGAUCCUUCAGGUUUUGAUCAACCUGGUCAGCAACAGUCUCAAAUUCACGCCCGAGCAUGGCAAGGUCGAGGUUCGCAUCAAAUGCGUCCGAGAAGCGGAAACACCGGGCAGUCCCAGAACCUCUCUGCAGGACUCUCGACGCAAUUCGCGACUGCGAUCCCGACCACCCUCGCAUGCCAGUUCUCAGCCACGUGACCCCGUGGACGGCCUGGUUCAGGAAGAAUAUCACACUCCCGUGCUUUCGCAGUUGCGAACUCUGAUCUUCCAGUUUGAGGUCGAGGAUAAUGGUCCUGGCGUUGCCCUCCAUUUACAGAAACGCGUCUUCGAGCCCUUUGUACAGGGCGAUCUCGGACUGAACCGAAAGUAUGGAGGUACCGGGUUGGGGCUCAGUAUCUGCGCGCAGCUGUCUCGCUUGAUGAAUGGAAAGAUCACCCUUGAAAGCGAGCCGGGCAAAGGCGCCUUGUUUACUGUGGAGAUUCCGUUGAAAUUCGUCAAGGAGGCAGCGCCGAGUACCCGCAGUUCCAGUGCCGCUGGAUCGCGCACACCGAGCGUUUUCUCGCUUGACGAUCUUUCUGGUCUCGCGCGACCGCCGUCGAACAAUGGCUCUGUUGGCUCUGUUCGAAGCGAUCCGUUGACCAACUUUGAGAAGCAGGAUCUGCAACCUCGACUGGUCGGACUCAGUCAGCCGUUCUUUACCCCCACACCGUCAUCCCCCGCACCAUCGACUCCCAGAGCUCCUCCAGCUGAUGGAGCCAAACCGGAAGUGAAAGAUAGUACAUCUGGCAAGGUGCGCGUGUUGGUGGCUGAGGACAACGUAGUGAACCAGGAGGUGGUCCUUCGAAUGCUUCGGUUAGAAGAGAUAUAUGAUGUAACGGUCGUCAAAGACGGCCAAGAAGCCUACGAUACAGUCAAGGCAAAUAUGGAAGAGGGCAAAGUAUUUGACCUUAUCUUCAUGGAUAUUCAGAUGCCCAACCUCGACGGCCUAGAGAGCACCCGCCUCAUCCGGGGCAUGGGCUACUCGGCGCCUAUUGUUGCGCUCAGCGCUUUCUCGGAAGAAAGUAAUAUUAAAGACUGCAUGGACUCGGGCAUGGACAUGUUCAUCAGUAAACCUAUCCGACGGCCUGCCCUGAAACAAGUUUUGAACAAGUUCGCCACGAUUCCGGAAGAGCCGGAGAAUGUGCAAGAUUCAUAGCUUUGGCAGAAAGCCAGUAGCGGCUACAACCUUUCAGACGUACAAUGGUAGUCUGUCAUGAAUAUUUAGAUGUGGGAGUCCAUCUACCUUGGCGUAGCUGGUCAAAUUGAGACAAUCAACAAAUAAUAAUCUGAAAUAUAUGCAGAGGC